GGGGCGGAAAUCUUUUUAAGAAUUGAUCUGCUAAGCAACGCGCCCGGCACGUCUUCAUCGGUCAUCAUGGGGGAGCAACCCAUUUACAGCACCCGAGCUCAUGUCUUCCAAAUUGAUCCAAAUACAAAGAAGAACUGGGUUCCCACCAGCAAGCAUGCUGUUACUGUGUCCUAUUUCUAUGACAGCACAAGAAACGUCUAUAGGAUCAUCAGCUUGGAUGGCUCAAAGGCAAUAAUAAAUAGUACCAUCACUCCCAACAUGACAUUCACAAAAACAUCACAAAAGUUUGGUCAAUGGGCAGAUAGCAGAGCAAAUACUGUUUAUGGCUUGGGAUUUUCCUCUGAGCAUCAUCUCUCAAAGUUUGCAGAAAAAUUUCAGGAAUUUAAAGAAGCUGCACGAUUAGCUAAAGAAAAAUCCCAAGAAAAGAUGGAAUUAACAAGUACACCAUCACAGGAAUCUGCGGGUGAUAUUCAAUCUCCUCUUACACCGGAGAGCAUUAAUGGGACAGAUGAUGAAAGAACAAUGCCAGAAAUGACACAAAAUUCAGAACCAAGGGCUGAACCAACUCAGAAUGCAUUGCCAUUUGCGCAUAGUUCGGCAAUCAGCAAGCACUGGGAAGCAGAACUUGCUACACUAAAGGGCAACAACGCCAAGCUGACAGCAGCUCUCCUUGAGUCCACUGCCAAUGUGAAACAAUGGAAACAGCAGCUUGCUGCGUAUCAAGAUGAAGCAGAGCGUCUACAUAAACGAGUGACUGAGCUGGAGUGUGUGAGUAGUCAGGCAAAUGCAGUCCAAACUCAUAAAACAGAAUUAAAUCAGACAAUACAAGAAUUAGAAGCAACACUGAAGAAAAAGGAAGAGGAAAUAGAAAAAUUGAGAGAAGAAAUUGAUAAUGCCAGAGAACUUCAGGCACAAAGGGACUCUUUAACUCAGAAAUUACAAGAAGUGGAAGUUCGAAAUAAAGAUCUAGAAGGCCAACUAUCCGAUCUUGAACAGCGUUUGGAGAAAAGUCAGAAUGAACAAGAAGUUUUUCGCAAUAACUUGAAAACACUUUUAGAAAUUCUUGAUGGCAAAAUUUUUGAACUUACAGAACUACGAGAUAAUCUGGCCAAGCUAAUAGAAUGCAGCUAAAGAACACAGGAUCUCAGUGCCAAACUUCUUAAAGAUGCACUGUCUCUCUUCAUACAGGACUUUGUUGGGAUCUGCAUCAAAGUUGCACAAAAUUAGAAAAAUGCUCCUUCAGAAGGGCCUGUUUUAAAUUUUCAACAAUAUACAAUAUACAGUAUUUCAAUGUGAAAUUUCAGAAUUCAGCUUGUAGUUAGUUGAAAAAAAAAUAACUUGAAGUACAAAUUACCUCCUUGUAUAUAAUUGGCCAUAGAUAACUCGAGGGUAUUAACAGUAAUUGAAUGCAAUCCUUUUCUAAUUAUUAGCCAAUGAAAUAAUAAGAAGUGCUUCAAAUGACAUCCCUCUUAGUGUUCCACACAAUGUAGGCAAUCAGUUUUAUUUUCUUUGUUAAGGCAACCGUAUGCUGUGUUUUGUGCAAGAACUUUGUGAUGACAGCCCUCUCUUUUGUUGUAAUCUGAAUAAUUUCUCAGGAUAUUUUGUACUGUUGAGAAAAACAGUGCAUUACCAAUUAAUUCUUGCCAGGAGUGAGAGAGAGUUGCAUCUUUAAUUCAGACCUAAUGAAUUAAUGCUUGUAUAGAGUUCUUCCAUUUUUUUAUACUGGAAGAUACUGUCUUUAUUUACGAUGUUCUCUCUGGUGUUCUAUAAUAUUGUCUAGUGUAUGGUUUACUUUUUUCCUAUUGGGAAUUCAUGUAUGUAGAAAUUAUGUAUUUCAUUUUGUUAUGCAUUUUGAAGCCUAUCUAUGAAGACAAGCAAGUCCCUGAAAGGUAUUUUAAAUUUUGCUAUGUUCUAAUAAGGUUCAAUCUAUGCUUACCGAAUAUCACAUGGGCUUAUCUUUUCUUAUCAAAAUGUCUUUUACUAAUUUAUUUAGCAAGAAUUCUGAAACUGUGCAAAUAUAGUUAUUGCUAGGGCAUUGACCUUGCUCAGGCAAUUAAAGAGGGGGGGGGGAAAUGAUUGUAUUAGCAUAGAGAAUUUUUUUUCUGCUGUAUGUUCAUGAAACAUCUUUAUUAGAAAGACUAGCCAGGCUACGUUCUGAAUUUCAAAACAAGACCUGAAUUCAGUUAUUCUCAGUGAACCUCUUUUUAAGUUGUAUUGAUGUAAU